CCCACACGGGCACCGCUCCUCGGUCGGUGCGCGCUCCCGCCGCUCCGGCCCCACAGCGGGGACACCGCGGUGCGCGCUCCCGCCGCCCCGCCCGCAGAGCCCUGGUGGAAGCUGGCCCGUGCCCAGGAGCUGCAGUGGGUGAAGGAUGCUGAGGGAUCCCAUGAAGUCCUGGAGCGACAGCCAGUCAGACCUGUACAGCAGCGACCAGGAGGAGGAGGAGCAGAUGAUUUUUGGGGAAAAUGAAGAUGAUUUGGAAGAGAUGAUGGACUUAAGUGACUUGCCUACCUCCCUCUUUGCUUGCAGUGUCCACGAAGCUGUGUUUGAGGUGCAGGAGGAAAAGGAAAGGUUUGAAGCCCUUUUCACAGUCUAUGACGACCAAGUGACAUUCCAGUUGUUUAAGAGCUUCAGAAGGGUGAGGAUAAACUUCAGCAAUCCCGAGGCAGCAGCGAGAGCACGGAUAGAGCUGCACGAAACAGACUUCAGUGGGAAGAAGCUGAAGCUUUACUUUGCACAGGUGCAGGUAUCCAGCGAAAUAGGUGACAAGUCCUACCUCCUCCCUCCACAACCUGUCAAACAGUUCCUGAUUUCCCCCCCUGCCUCUCCACCAGUUGGGUGGAAACAGAGUGAAGAUGCAACUCCCCUGAUAAACUAUGACUUGCUGUGUGCUGUCUCCAAGCUGGGACCAGGGGAGAAGUACGAGCUGCACGCGGGGACAGACUCCACCCCCAGCGUCGUCGUCCACGUGUGCGAGAGCGAGACGGAGGAGGAGGAGGAGAUCAAAAACCCCAGACAGAAGAUCCUGCAGACCCGGCGCCCAGACCCCCCCCCGACCAUCCUGGGCGACUCCAAGGCCUUCGAGUGUGCCCUGGAGGUGGGGGGGACCAUGCACUGCUAGAGCUGGGCUGCUCCAGGGGCUACCAACACCAGACACUCCUGAGUCCAUGUGUCGAUGUCUGUGCUGCUGCUGCUGUAGCGACAACAGAUCUGACUUGUAGUUGUCUCUCAUGCUCAAGAGUUUGGAUGCCAAUGCUCUGAAAAGCACUUUAAUUUUAGGGACUAGUCCCUCCCCCACCCCCCCGAGUGUAGCAAAUCCACCUGACUUGAAAUAGUGACAAUUAGGGAGUCUGGUUGUGUUUUGGGUUUGGUUUUUUAAGAUGUUACUCUUUUUUGUUUCUGUUGUACAGUGUGAUGUACCAAGUGCUGAAAUAAUCUCUUGCUGUCGUGACUGGGUUCCAGAAAGCUCCUUGCACAGCAACUUAAAGCUGAUCUGUGCUGGUCCAACAGCUUCCAGUUAAUAUAGUGUUAAACACAAGUGAAAUGCACUCUUUGUGCUAAAACUCCUUCCCAGCUGAGGUGGGGAUUAACCUUUGCUUUCCUCAGAAACGCCAAGUACGUGUUUGUGAUUUGACACAUGAGGCACAAACACAGGGAUGGAGCUGAACUCAGCUGGGUUUGGUGGCUGCACGGGGGAAGAGCCACACACUGAGUCCCUCACCAACACUCCUGCUCUGAGCUCUGGGUGGUGCACUGCUGGUUUGCACUGACACCUAAUUAGGAGUUAAUUACAGUAGGUAGAUUAAAAUAUGGGUCCAGCAGCUGAAUGGGUUGUGUCUGAUCCUCUCUGAACAUGUCCAGUCCUGGAGGCGGCUCCUGGGCCGGAUAAGGCAGUGACUGUUAGGUCAUGUCAGGAGAUAAGAUGCUGAGGGUUAAUUUUUAACUUCUCCAGUCUGUUUUGUAUUCUCAAAGACAAUCAGUUGCCUGGCUUAGCCAGUUCUUAUGCAGUUUCAGCCCUUGUUUGCUGUUUUCCUGUGUGGCAUCCUGCGUGUCUGGCAGAGCAUCUGCUGCCUCUGAGAGCAGGGUGCAUCUUUUAGAAUACAGAGCUUUAAUUUUGUGAUCUUGUGUUAAGUGUUUUUUAGUAGGAGGAAAAUAUGCCUUGGUAUAACAACACCUGUUCCUGUGCUUUUAUGCUAUUUUAUAGCCAAACUUUUUUAGUCUAGACAGAUUCUUCUUUUUUUUUUUUUUUCUAUUUCAGAGGAUAAAAUGAUUUGUGAACAAACCAGGCUGCUGAUGUUUGUGUGUAAGAAAUCAUUUGAGUCGUUCAGAAAUUCAGAUUUUUCGGGUUCAUUUUAGUGUGGUUCAGUCGUUCAUGACGUGCUUAUUGAACUUUCCAAAGUGUUCUCACUUGGCUGACAGCAGAGAGAAAAGGAAUGGUCAGGGAUUCACAUGGAUGGAGCAGCUUCCAGCUCUUGUGUUGUCCUGGAUUGUGAUCCCUCCCACCACCAGCUUCACGUUGCAAAGUGGGAUCCUGCAGGCAGGUCCUUGUUCCAGAGGCAGGAAUAGUAGAGAUUAAAAAGGUAGGAAAAUGGGGUUUGUUCACCUUGCCUCCACAGGUGUGAUAUUUAUGUAUCUCUUCAGGUAUUAAAAUCACUCAAAGACCAACUUCUCUGUCUCACUGUUCUGUGGUACCGAAACAAAGGGGAAAAACCCAACAAAAACCUGUGUUACCCAUCAGGCUUGUGGAUUUUUAAAAUUCCAGAAGCCCUGUCUGGAUUCUCUGUGUUGUUUAUGUUUUGUGAGCUGUUUGAUCUCUGCCCCACUGUAGAAGGUGCUGUGAGUAGGAAUAAGUGGAAAACCCUCAGAAACAGUUUUCUAAGGCAAAGCAAGUGUGAUGUUGUCGAUGUGUAAACGUGUAAAAUGUGGAACAUUCCAGCACUUCUCAUUGUGUAAAGACACUUAAAAUAAAACAGUGCAGUGCCAUU